AUGAGAACAAGUUGUAUUAAUGUGAUAAUGAUUGGAAUGGGUAUUGCUGAUAUUAUUAAUGUGACCUACUAUCUGUAUGUCGAAUUGUAUGGAAUAGUUCAAAAUAACGAGUGCAUAAACUCGCUGAGCUACGCUUAUAUAUUCAUUUAUUUGUGUCAGAUGGCGACUUAUGACAUGCUUCGCAGAGACUACGCUUGGCUUGUGGUUAUGAUGGAUUUCAUUCGUUUCUUGGUUAUCAAGAACGCUAUGUCUGCGGCAUUUCAAAAACUGGCUGAACCAUUAUUCGGAUUGAAGGCAGUCAUAGCAUGUACAUUCUUAAGUGUCUUAAUAUCUGUUUAUGGGUAUUGGCAUCAGUAUAUUGAUGAACUGUCACCAUGGGUCCCACCGACAGAAUGUCAAGGCUAUCCAGCAAACUAUAGUGAGCCUAAGUAUUUCCCACAGGUUGACUUGGAAUAUGAAGAAAAUCCAAAUUUCGGUCUCAAACCGUUUCUUUAUUUCGAUAGCUGUAUGAAACCAGUUCAGUAUUCACAAAUGAGCUUCGAAAGCUUCAUUCAAUCAUUAUCAGAAAUUGUAGCAGAUUAUAAAUAUAUUCUAGCAAUUAUUGCUAUCAUCAUUAACAUGAUUCAUCUUCUCGUCUUGACCAGAAAAUCAAUGUGUUGGAAUAGUGUGAAUGUGUUGAUGAUUGGGAUUGCAAUAUGUGACGUUCUCAAUUUAUCAUUCUUCGUUUACGACAAAGUUAUGUCCAUGAGAACGAAACAAUUGGAUUGGUAUGCUAGCAUGAUUAUACAUAUGUUUUCAAUUUCCAGCGAAUCCAUCAGCAUGUAUCAAAUAGAGUUGUAUGAUGUUACUGUCUACACAGCAAGAGAGAUUUUACGUCGGUUGUCUUCAUGGCUUGACGUUCUUCUAGCACUAGUCCGUUUAUUAAUUAUCACAAAUUCACUGAAUGCAAAGUUUGAUAAGUUAUCCAAGUGUUGGUUCGGUGUGCUAGUUAUUCUCUUCUCAUUUUUGAUUAGCACCACAAUUUCGAUGCUUUACUGGGCUCAGGUGUCGUUUUAUGAAGUGACUCCCUGGGUUCCAAAGAAUGAAUGUUCUGACAAUUCUAAUCCAAGUGAUACUCUCACUACAACUGCUUCUUCACCAACGAAAAGUUAUAUCUCUAUUCAAAUCCUUUACGUCAUCGACGGUGCACUACGGAUAUUCCCUUCUCUACUUCUCCCCACACUCACCUAUCUCCUAAUCAAAGAAUUGAAAAAUGCUGCAAACUCAAGACGGAGGUUAUCUUUUACUAAAACUAAAGAUGAGCAGUCCGAGACAGAUCACACUACCAAAAUGGUCAUACUAAUGGCAAUAAGCUGCAUGACAACUGAAGUACCUCUUGGAAUAGUUUACGUAGCUCAAGGUAUAGAGACUUCUUCAACGUUUCAAAGUCUCGCUGCAAAUCUUAACACCAUACUAGGAAUUUUCAUGGCACUAAAUGCGUCUUCACAUUGUUUUAUCUGUCUGUCGGUUUCUUCCCAAUAUCGGAAAUCAAUGAGGGAAGUGUUUCCUUGCUGGAAUUGUAUUUUGCGGAGAAAUGUUAUUGCAGUAAAAACCUUAAAAAACAAUGGUUCCUCAAUUGAUUGA